AUUUAUUCUUAAUUAAUAUGUUCCUUACAAAAGCUAGCUCAUUUUUACUAUUGACAGGUUUCGUCGCUAAUGUCUUGGGUGCUGCUAAUUUGUACAAGAUAAUUUAUUGUAAUAAGCCUAUCUGCUUAAACAAAUUUAAUAACCUUUUUGGCGGAGAACCACAACUUUAUGAACAAACUUUCCUUGCUAUGGAAGAUAUGUCAAACAUAUUCCUUGAAGACUUUGAAGCUGGAAAUGAAUCUGGUACCUAUGGCUCUCUACUUGUUGGAGGUAGUUUUAGUAGCAAGGCCAGGGAGUUUAAUGUCAACACUAAGGGAAAUGCAAAGUGUCCUUCCAAUAUGAAUAAUAUAAACACCGUUGGUUUAUUCGUACAAAAGCAGUUGGAGGGUACAGUUGAUGUUCGAGGUACUGCUUUUGUUCCUGAAAAUGCUAAGGUUCAAGUAAAAGAAGAAGGCUAUAAAUGUCAUCGUGAUCUAUCAAGCAAAUUCUCACUUGAAAUGAAUGUAUUAAAGUAUCAGGCAAACUAUGCAUCCAGAUUUUUUGCAAUUAGAAAUCCUACUAUUGUUGUUGGUUCUGACGGCGGAAUUUCAUUCCCUUCUGACCAAACUUGGAAUGUUAAUGACUUUGAAUUAUGGGUUUAUUUAUUUAGUACAUGUAAUAACGGUGACUGUAACAUCCAUCCUGGAGGUAUGUCAGACCCUUCAGCUAUACUUGAAGGCAAGAGUGCUUGGAAUGGAUUCGGUGGUACAUUUGGUGCACAAGUUUUCGAUAUUUAUCCUGGCUCUACAGCUGUUUUCAACGUUCCUGUCACUGUUGGUUCAACCUUUACACUCGGUGGUAGCGGUUCUAUUGCUAAUGGUCUCCCUUCAUGUGUCUCUGUUUUAAAUAUUUAUCCUGUCGAUUCUCAGGGUAGAUAUACAGAAGGAGAAAUCACUGUGAAACGUGAGACAGAUGGCGAUCUUGAUGUUGUUGUCUUAGCACCUCAAGCUACUGUUAUUAACGGUAACAAGGGAGGUUUCGGCCAGCAAGUUAUUGCUAAAAAAUAUGUUGGACAAGGUAGUGGUUUUGGACUUAAAGGAAACAAUGGAGAUUCAAGUACCUGUAAAACUUUCGGCGCAUGUUUACCCGUACAUGCAUUGAGAGAAUAUUUUGAAUAAUUAUGUAGUCUAGUGUUUCCUACUAUUGGAGUUGUUACCAUCAUUAUUACCAUCGUCUUUAUAACUAAGUUAUUGUAUACAUAUAAAUCAUUCUUUGCAUAAUAAAAAAAUACUCAAUUAGUUAAAAAAAUGAA